AGAAGGAGCCGAUGUUGCGAUGUUGUUGGAGGAGCCCGUGCCCCGAAGCUGCCGGCGGCAGUGCCAGAGUCCUGAGCGCUGCCUAUGCCUCCCCUUCCCCGGGCAGCGGCGGCGGGGCGCGGAGCGGAGGCGCUCCCCCGGCAGGUGCUAGUAAUGUAAAGUCAUUGGAUGGUGUGAAAAUUCUUGAUUUAACAAGGGUUCUUGCAGGACCAUUUGCCACAAUGAAUUUGGAAGAUCUAGGGGCUGAAGUUAUGAAAGUGGAAAGACCAGGAGCUGGUGAUGACACAAGAGCCUGGGGCCCACCUUUUGCUGGGACAGAAACUGUUUAUUUUCUUAGUGUCAAUAGAAAUAAAAAGCUUGCAGCAGCAUCUGAUGUUUUUGUGGAAAACUUUGUCCCUGGGAAGCUGGCUGAAAUGGGUCUAGGUUAUGAAGACAUUAAAAAGAUUGCUCCUCACACAGUGUACUGUUCAAUAACAGGUUAUGGUCAGACUGGUCCAGUGGUUCAGAGAGGUGGAUAUGACUCCAUUGCUGCUGCUGUUUCUGGUCUCAUGCAUAUCACAGGGCAUGAGGAUGGUGAGCCAGUUAGACCAGGAGUAGCAAUGACAGACCUUGCUACUGGGUUGUAUACAUAUGGAGCAAUUAUGGCUGGUUUACUUCAGAGGUAUAAGACAGGAAAAGGACUACACAUUGACUGCAACCUCCUGUCAACUCAGGGUAGACUUGUCUAUGCACAGAACUGUUCUUAUAUUGCAAAAUUUUCAUCUGAACUUCCACAUCAUCGUCCUUUAGGCUACUCACGAGCAUACACAAGGAAGAGAUUGAAGACCUGGAUAGACGUUGGAGAACACCAUGUUGCAUGGUGUUUGUCUUCUACAUGA